CUCGCGCGGAGACGGCAGCGUCGCCGACGCGGAGCUGCUGGCCGGUGGGCGUCCGCGCUGUGGAGUUGCGGGGCGGGGGGAGUUUCCCGAAGCCCCCGGGAGGACGACGGGGACCCUUGCGCGCCGGGCUGGACGGCUCCUUGGUUUGGCCGCGCACCUUUUCCUGCCCACACCUACGCGAGCGCUAGCACCAUGGCGGCCUACCCUAGGAGCUGUAACCCGUUCGACGACGACGCGGAGGGGGAGGGCGCCCGGCCUGACCCUUGGAAGGACGCCCGCGACCUCUCCGACGGGCCCCGCGCGCCCGCGGACCGGCAGCAGUGCCUGCGGCAGGAGGUCUUGCGCAGGGCCGAGGCCGCCGCCGCCAGCACCAGCAGGUCCCUGUCCGUCAUGUACGACUCCGAGAGGAUCGGAGUCGCCACUUCUGAAGAGCUUGUCCGUCAGCGAGGAGUCUUAGAACACACAGAGAAGAUGGUGGACAAGAUGGAUCAAGAUUUGAAGACCAGCCAAAAGCAUAUUAACAGCAUUAAGAGUGUAUUUGGGGGGCUUGUGAAUUACUUCAAAUCCAAACCAGCAGAGACAUCAACUGAACCAAAUGUUACCCUUGCACCCCCAGCCAACAGCAGAUUGAAAGAAGCCAUAAGUACAAGUAAAGAACAUGAGGCAGAGUACCAGGCCAGUCAUCCAAAUCUCAGGAAGCUGAAUGACUCAGACUCCAUCCCUGGAGGGGCUGGUUCUGCUAUGAGUACCGAGGCUUACCCAAAGAACACAUACCUUCGAGCCUACCACCAGAAGAUCGACAGCAAUCUAGAUGAGCUGUCCAUGGGGCUAGGCCGACUGAAGGACAUAGCCCUGGGGAUGCAGACAGAAAUUGAGGAACAAGAUGACAUUCUUGACCGCCUCACAAAUAAAGUGGACAAGUUAGAUGUCAAUAUAAAAAGCACAGAAAGAAAAGUUCGACAACUUUAAAGACAGAAAGAUUUCCACUCCCUUGUGAUGAAGAUUCACAAGAUUCUUUAAACUCCUAAGAAAUUUCAUGUGUUAUU